AUGGACUACUCCGCUAUAACGCAAGACACGGCGACGGGAGCCUCUCCUUGGGCCUCCCCUCGAGCGGGCGAGCCUACCUACCCUGCCACGACAACCAGUGACAUCCCCCCGUCCCCCUUGCCACCAUAUCACCAAUCCCCGUUCGACGCCGAAAGGGAUACGCAGUCCGGCGAAGGCUCUCGGACUGAACACUCUACAGGAGAUAGUGAAACCAAUUCGGCAGAUCUGUCGGGGCGUCUACAGAAUACUCAACUAGAUGACCCCGGCAAUCAACAAACCGCCCAACCCCGAUCUCAGCUGCCCGCCCGGUAUCAGACCGGAGCCAGGCAGAAUGCCAGGCAACCCACUCCGGUGUAUAGGAUACAGGCCAAGAUCACGGGGCUGGAGAGGACAGGCAAGAAGGACCCUAUUCUACGUUUCGAUGUCCAUACCAAUGUCCCCAAGUUCCGAACCACACAGUAUCGAGACGUGCGACGGACCCACAGCGAGUUUAUCAAACUUGCCGAACAUUUGAUGUCGGCGAACCCUGAAACGUUUGUCCCUGCAGUCCCCCCACCAGUGACCCCUGCUGGCGCCGGUACCGAGGAGGACGAGAUCCGAGUUAAGGCUUCUAUGCAACGGUGGCUGAAUUGCGUGAUGGGUAGCGAAGUUCUCAUUCAUGACGAUGAGGUGGUCCUGUUUGUGGAGAGCGACUUUGGAUACAGCCCCGUCGUUCGGAUGAAACAGCCUGCAACGGGAAUGCGAAGGAAGGUGCUGAAGCAGUUUGCGCCACCACCAGACGAUACUCCUGAACUACAGAAUGCACGACCUACGGUAAAACUGUUCUACCUGGGGACUAUGGAUGCAAGCCAUAAGGUCGAUCGAGUGGUUAAAAGCCGGCGAGGACUUGGCCUUGCAGAGUCCGACUUGGGUGUUAAGCUCGGACAGAUGCAUGUGCAAGAAACACACCCAGGUCUGGCCAACGCCUACCGGAAACUGGGCAAGAUUAUUCAGACAGUCGGAGAUUAUCAUGCGGUCCAGGCCACGGCCGAGGCAACCACUCUUGGAGAACCAUUGAGUUACCAUUCUUCGGACGCAUUCAUCGUGAAAGAAACUCUCACAAACCGCCAUAUUUUGCUCCGGGAGCUACUCCAAGCCCAGCAGGCCACGCGCAGUAAGCGUGCCGCGGCCGAUCGGCUAAAGGUCAGCUCAUCGGUUCGCCCGGACAAAGUGGAUGAGGCUAUCAACGCACUGGAAGAAGCACAGAACAAUGAGGACUACCUGACCAAGAAGACGCAAAGGGUGACGUCGAACCUGCUGACGGAGAAGCGCCGCUGGUUCGAAAGGACCUCCAGCGACGUCUUGACCAGUCUGCGUGAGUACACGCUGCGUCAGAUUGAGGCGGAACGUAGAACUCUUGCAACCCUUGAAAGUGUUCGACCGGACAUCCGGGCGAUUGAUGCAUCAGGUGGGCUGAGCCGCCUGGGUCGUGAAGCCCAUCCUGCCGUCCGGCGACCCAACCUGAGCUCAAGCCAAGGGCCCAAGGGAGACGCAUGGAGUGGAAUCCCUCGUCGAAGUGACAGCCUGGGACGGAGCAUCAGUGGCAGCGUGGUCUCGCCGACGCCGGACGAUGAGGAAGAGGUGAACGGCCAGGGUAAGGGACGAGUACGCUCCGCCAGUGGUGUCAGCUCCAUCGCGGAGGAAGGCGACGACGAUCGACUUGAUGCACGCAAUGCCGCCAGCCGACUAGCAACGAGUACCUUUUGA